AUGGAGAAUAACUCAAUGCCUUCAAGAAUGACAUCUGAUUAUAGGCGGAGAUCAAUUGAUGCCAACAAGAUUAGUGUUAAUGAUUUAGUGAAUCGUCGAAAUAGAAAAGUCGCGGAAUUAUACUGCAUGUCCAGAUUAAGCGAUAUUUUGAAGAUUAAUGAUUCUAAGGUACUAAAGACACAGAUUGAGAGUUUCGUCUCAUCAAAUGAUAUUAAGAAGGGGAAACGAUUCUAUAAGGAUGCUCUUCCGAAAGUCUCGUAUUUGAAAACCCCAAACUCGACACUAGCUAGAAAAAAAAGUGAUACUGCUUUGCUACCGAUCGAUAUAAGCAAUGCAGAAUUGCCAAACAAUAUAGAGGGCAGUAGAUCCGAACCUCCGCCUUAUAUUAAAGAAGAGUUUCCACAUAAAAUAAGCGAUGAGACGAAUCACUUAAAAAGACCACUAGAUGAGGAAGAUAGGUUACAAAUAAAAUCUUUAGAAAAGAGAUCCAAAUCAAGUAGCCAGGAAAGUAUUUCAUACAAUAGAUUACUCCCUAUUCAAUUAGCAAAACAAACUGAACAGACGAAACAGAUGGUAUACCCCGGAAUUAAUAUACUACCUCCCAAGGCAACACCAGUGGAACAUGAACUAAAUAUAUCGGACCCUUUAUUAAAACAACUAUCAAAACCCAAAGCUGAAGAGUUAACAUGCUAUAAUAAAGAUAAUAUAAACAAAAAGGAUUACAUUUAUUUGUUAAUGAACGAAACGGUACCUUCUAAAAUUCCACAAGCAUUACCACUAGCUGAGUUGAAGUACAUGGCGCAAACUUUACCUCUUGUAAAUCUAAUUCCUAGAGCCCAUAAGACAUUGACUACAGAAAUUAUAAAUAAUGCAUUAAAUGAAUCACGAAUUACUGUGGUUGCAUCUAGAAUUGAAGAAUUAAGGAGAUUGGGCCUUUGGUCAUUGAGACAACCCAAGAAAUUUAUUGACCCCUGGACAGUAAACAAAUCUCAUUAUGGAAUAUUAUUACAGGAAGCAAAAUGGAUGCAAAAUGAUUUCAAGGAAGGUCAAAAGUAUAAAAUCGCCGUUUGUACCACGAUUGCCCAAGCUAUUAUGGACUAUUGGACAUACGGGAAAGUAUGUUGCGUGGAAACUAAACCAAUUAUCCAUAUACCAUCAUCAUCAACCCAAGCUAGUGAUGAUCACGUUGAAAAAGAAGAAUCUGAAAACAAUGAAGAAACAGUGCAAGAUUCUACAAAGAAUAAACGAUCUUUAGAUACUAAUGAAGCAUCAGCUCUACAAGCCCUGGGGGAGAAUAGUGCGAAUAAUGACAAUAUUGGCAAAGUAACUGUACUUCCUGCCUCGGAAGCUCCGCUAGAGAAAAGUGAAAAGGAAAACGAAUUAAUUGAUAAUUCUGACACUUCGUCAGAUCUCAAAGAAAUUGAAAUAAGCACAGAUUCAACAGAAGGAGAUGUUACAACCGAGAAAUUUAUUGAUAUUUCUGAGCUAUUGAAGAGGCCAAAUCCAUCGGAGGAAAUAAAUUUUCUUAGUAAUCUACCUACAGCAACAAGGGAGGAAUAUGAUUCUUACUUAAAGACUGACAGUCCAUACCCAUUUAAAUUGACCUUAGGCGAAGAAGAUUUAUCGAGACUAGAAAAUACUCUUUUGGAAGAGCUUCCUACUUAUAAUGGCCUCGAGGAAGAUGCACAAGAUGAAACCAGUAAAUUACCAUUUACACCAAUCUCAAAGGCAAUUGUUUCAUUAGAUGAUGAUCACUUUAUUAAAUUAAUUGAAAAGCAACUAGUUGAUGAUGAGCAAUCAAUACUUCAAUUAAGUAAAAGAAGAGGUAUGUUCUAUGGUAAUAGAAGAAGCCAUUACUUAAGACCACCACCGGUCCCAUCCCUAAGGUACUUACAAAGUAGGACUCCUACUAUAUGGUUACCAGAUGAUGAUAAAGAAUUGGUGAAAAAUAUUAAUGCUUAUGGUUAUAAUUGGGAAUUGAUUGCAGCUCACAUGCUGCAUAAACCAAACAAAUCAUAUCUUUCCAAUAUGGAAAGAAGAACACCUUGGCAAUGUUUUGAAAGAUUUGUUCAAUUGAAUGAACGGUUGAAUUUUAAUGAUUUGAAGGGACCUCGUGCCCACACAGCUCAACAAUGGCUGAUGGAAGCUCACAAGUUCCAGCAACGUCAAAAUAGAAGGAUCUCUCCACUAGGUGUUGGGAUGGAAUCCAUUCAAAGGGGUCAUAGAAGAUUACGUUGGGCCAGUAUGUUUGAAGCAAUGCGGAAGUGUAUUAGGAAAAGAGAGAACGCACCAAAACCGAAUCCAUCGCAACCAAGAAAACCAUUAGACAUUAAAAAUAUGAAAGUACCAAGUCCUGCAGAAAUGGCGGAAUUGAAAGCUCAAAGGGAUGAAUCAUUACGAAGGGAUAUACAGUUGAGAAGGAACGCAAAGAAUAGAUUACAACAAAAGCAAUUACAAAAUUCUCAACAAAAUAUGCGUUCUUCAAGCAGAGGAAACCAAAACAAUCCAAGUAAUUCUCAAAAUACCCCAAACAAUAUACAAAUGUCAAAAACUGGAGGUUCUUCACGUACACCAACCCCUGGAUCUUCAUCUCACAAAAUUUAUACAGAGAGGGAGACUAUUGAGAAUUACUCCAGAAGGAUAAUGGCGCAGAAGCCUGAUAUGCCCUUAGAGUCGGCUCUAAAGGCUGCUGAGAACUACUAUAAAAACAUAAAAGAACAACAACGUCAACAGCAACAACAGGCAAGGCCGACACCAGCACAAGUUCCUAAAACCAAUGGUGAUUCAAACGGCACCAAUGGUGCUAAAAUCAUGUCUCCUACACCACAAGAGAUUCUUGAGAGAUCCCAAAAACAUUAA